AUGUGACUAAUCAUAGACAUUAUUAUAUUUAUAGAUACCAAUUAUAAGAGGUCUUAAAUGGCUCUUUAUAUAUAGAAGUUAGUAAUAUAUAUCUAUAAAAAGAUGAAAGCCGUCAAAAUCGUGCCCACAAAAUCAUCUACACACAAGGAAAGCCUCUCUCUCUCUCUGUUUCUCUCAUUUUUUCAAUUUUUUUUUGUUUCAUUGUCUCUCAAUUGUUCAUCGAUCGACCCUAGCCCCUUCACUGUAUGAAAUUGCAUAUUCUGACCAUUAAAUCACUCGUUCUUAAUAGGAUGUUGCCACUUUAGAGGGGCCGUAGAGAAAGAGGGGAAAGGGUUCAUAUUCAUAAUACUACUCUUACCUAUAUCAAGGAUUCCUUUUUUCCUCUUUCUUUCUUUCUUAUUAUUUUUUUUUUAAAUAAAAAUUAUUGCUCUUCAUUUUAUAUAUAUAUAUAGGAAUUGGUUUCUAAUCUAUGAGGAAGCUUUGUCCGAAUUUUGACAAAGAAAAUGGGCUGGAUACGGUGUUGGAGGUUCCUAUCCCAGAAGAAAUGUUCACCAGUAUGGGGAGCAACGCGGUUUUAAGGUGGCAAAAUCUACGGUCUUUGAUGAAAGCACAAUCCAUUGACAAUAUUAAUAAGCUUCCCUCUUCUAAUAAUAAUGAUAAUAAUGAUAAAUCCCAUCUCUCUUCUGGAUCCAAUAACGAGUUUAUGGCUUUGCUUAAACUCGUUGGUUCUCCUCUUAUUCCUCUUCAGCUCCAAUCUGGCAACGUUCUCCUAACUCGUCCAAUUAAAACUGGUUCCAUUGAAACUUCUUCGGCAAAGUAUAUAUUGCAACAAUAUUUGGCAGCAACAGGGGGAUUAGGGGCGUUGAACUCGAUCAAUAGCAUGUACGCAGUGGGACAGGUGAAGAUGAGGGGGUCAGAAAUGAAAGAGGGUGAUGAUAGUGUUGUUAGUGUAAAGACGAAAGGGAAGCAAGGUCAUGAGGUUGGUGGGUUUGUGCUUUGGCAAAUGAAUCCUGAUUUGUGGUACUUAGAACUUGUGGUUUCUGGCUUCAAAGUCAGUGCCGGCAGUGAUGGCAAACUCGCUUGGAAUCAGUCUUCUUCUCAACCUUCUCAUGCUAACAAAGGCCCUCCUAGACCACUUCGUCGAUUCUUCCAGGGAUUGGACCCCAGGUGCAUAGCCAACUUGUUUCUUGAAGGUGUAUGUGUAGGAGAGAAAACCAUUAAGAAUGAUGACUGUUUUGUAUUGAGGCUAGAAACGGCCCCAAACAUCCUCAAGGCCCAAAGCACGGCCCAAACUGAGAUAUCACGGCAUACAAUGUGGGGUUACUUCAGUCAACGCACUGGACUUCUGAUCCAGUUUGAAGACACAAAACUAGUUAGAAUGAAGCCCAUGAAGGGAAAGAACAACAAGGAAAGUAGUAGUGUAUUUUGGGAAACAACAAUGAUAUCAUCCAUAGAGGAUUACAGAUACGAGGAUGGGAUUAACAUAGCUCAUAGUGGUAACACCUCAGCCAUGCUUUAUAGGUAUGGAGAAGCUCAUAAUCACAAGAGAAGGAUUGAGGAGACAUGGAAGAUUGAAGAGAUUGGAUUUAACAUUUCUGGAUUGUCUAUGGAUUGUUUUUUGCCCCCUUCUGAACUCAAGAGAGAUAAUAAUGUUGCAGACACUUAAUUUUUUUUUUAAUUCAAUAUUAUAUUUUUUAUUUACAUUAAUUGUUAUCUAAGGAGUACAUCAGAGAUGUAAAUACAUGUUUUAGGUAUUUAAUUCUUUUUUUUCUAUGAGGAUACUUUUCUUUUUUGACAACUUGGAUAUAAUGUACAUUAUUAUUAUUUUACAAUGUUAAAAAAAAUAUAGGCCAUUAAUUCUAAAAUCUAAAA